AUGUAUUUCAUAAAUUUCAAUUUCCAAUCAAGGGCUGCCAAAAUUCCAUCUGUACUUAUACGUGGAUUGGGGAAAAGUGUGUCCUAUGAGGUUGGUGACAGAGAUGUUGACAAUCUGAACAACUCAUGGACAGCAGUAUUUGUAGCUGGAGGUUGGCACUUUGUGUUUCCACUUUGGGCUUUCUCAGUAGUAGUUGGUCACUCGAAGGGUACAUGGACUCUGGUAGAAACCCAAGGCAAAGGUGCAAGAGAAAAAGAAGAAAAAUCAUCAGGUCAAACAAUCAGCCAUAUAAACGACUAUUACUUCCUCACAGAGGCAGAAGAGUUUAUCUAUAGGUGUUAUCCCAAUGACUCAAAAUGGCAACUUCUAACGCGGCCAUUCACAAAACAGGACUUCAUAGAAAUUGCAUAUUGUAGACAAGCCUAUUUUCAGAAUCACUAUAAAAUUACAACCCCAACUAAAUGUAGCUAUGCAUCUGCUGGUGGUGUAUGCGAUAUUGGUAUGAAGAGGUUAGACAAGAAGGAAUGUUCUUAUGCAUAUGAGUUGUACUUUAACCAUGAAGUAUCAAAGACAACUCUUUCAUCUGAAAUACAGCUAGACAGAUAUGUAGCCAUAUUUAAUGAAAGAUCCUCUAUGAGGUUUCGUGUCCGGUUUCCCAUUGAAGGUAUAUAUAAGAUGGAGAUCUUUGAUGACUACUCGCUUCUUUGUGCAUUCAAACUUGAAUGUAACGAAGAUGUUAACUAUGUAAAACCAUUUCCUUGUAAUCCAGAGUCUGGGUUUGGUCCAAACUCUCUAACAAAAGACGCAGGGCUCAAGGCACAGUCUCAUAAGACUGGCUUCAUCAAUAUCAAACAGACGAAGAAUUUCACUAUGAAAUUUAACAUUACAAAGAACGUGUUAGUGCAAACAAUCUUGAUACACAAUAAUAUGGAACAAGAGACGCUGAAAAAACACGUGAACCAUAAGAUAAAAGGUCAGGAGCUGUACAUUGAUCUAAAUUUGCCUCAAAAAGGAGAAUAUGCUCUUCAGAUCAACACAAAGGACAAAGAUUCCGGUGGUUCAUUCAAGAAUGUCUGUAACUACCUUUUGACCUCAGAAAACAUGAACAAAAAUCGGAGACCUUACGAGAAUGCGAUCGAAAAAAGAACUAGGAAGGCAUUACAAGAUAACACCUCUUCCUAUAAUAUAAGUGCUCUCCAGAAGGCUCUUGAUGACUUCGAUAAGGUUGAUCUGGAAGACAAAGGAGAUCGCCAAAAGGCAGAAGAAAGAUUGACAUAUCUGAGCCUGCGUAAAGAACUGAAAAAUGCAAUUGCAAGAAGGCAUGGUGAGAAACUAGAAGAAGCAAUAGAAAAUGCGAAAUCGUCCGAGUAUGUGUCCAGUCUUAAGAAACUGAUUGAAGAAGCAGAUGAUUUGUUAUCACAGCUUCGAAGGCUGAAGAGAUUUGCUCACGAGGUUCUGAAAAUGCAACAACCAACUAUAUCUGAAAUCCACAACUAUAAACACCCAAAACCUAUGGCUUAUGAUGUCAUGAAAGCCACAUACAUCCUUCUAGGGGAGGAGGAAAGGCGUGUUGAGGAAUGGGAACAGAUACAGGCGUUGAUGCGUAAGACGGGAAAAGAAGGGCUGCUAAGGCGCGUGCGUCUGUUUGACACUGUCCAGGUGACCGAGAACAUGGUAAAUCACUCCUCUCAGAUACUCCGACCAUAUGACGAAGAGAGGAUACGAGCUUCCAGUGCGGGCCUCGGAACAUUUUACAAUUGGGCGAGGAAUGUUAUUGAAGAAAUAAGAAAAUAA